GGUGCUAAAACCAAAGGAUUGAGAAGAUGAUGUUGGAGUGAGCAAAGGGGCCCCGCGCAGCUACUGAUUGAAGAAAAGGUCAUCUAUGGCGGGACAGUGUAUGGUCGAUUAAAAGCAUACCUAUGUUUCAAUUUUCUACAUCAGUGCACAAGGUGUAAAUAUUUUUAUUUAUAUAUGGUACUCCAUUAUACAUGUCUCCUGAAUUAGUGGAGGAGAAAAAUUGUCUUUAUUAGCACGGCAACGAAAGGCGAAGGGUGAAGAAGAUUUAGAACAGCGUCAUAAAUUACUUCGGGGGGAAAAGCCUGAGACGAUGAGUGAUAGGGGCAGCGUAGGCUCCCGUAUAUAUGCCAGGUACAUGAAGUUCUUGCCAAAUACCAUAACAAACCUUUUGCCAGAGAAACGCGAUUUAUGUUUGUUUUGCCUGCUGCCCUAUGCAUCUGGAUCUGCACUGUCUGUGAGGGUUGGAAGGAGUUUUUGAACAGAUAAUUUAGAUAAGCACACAUAUAUGUGAUUAGCAAAGAUACAUAAUGCCAAAUGGUGAGGAGUAUCAUGUUCUGGAGCUUAUUGGCGAAGGUUCAUUUGGCAAAGUUUACAAAGGAAGAAAAAAGUACACAGGCCAGGUUGUUGCAAUGAAGUUCAUUCCAAAGAGCAAUCGUACAGAGAAAGAGUUACGUAAUUUACAACGUGAAAUUGAAAUUAUGAGAAAUUUGAAACAUAAAAAUAUUGUCUCCAUGUUGGAUUCAUUUGAAACCGAAAGAGAGGUUUGUGUAGUUAUUGAAUAUGCUGAAGGUGAAUUAUUUCAAGUACUUGAGGAUGAUCAGAGACUUCCAGAAAAUCAAGUGCAAAAAAUUGCCGCUCAGUUGUGUGAAGCAUUGUAUUAUCUUCAUUCUCACAGGAUUUUACAUCGAGACAUGAAGCCACAAAAUAUUUUAUUAACGAAAGGAGGAAAUGUCAAACUCUGUGAUUUUGGAUUUGCACGUGCAAUGAGUUUUCAAACAUUAGUCCUGACAUCAAUAAAGGGUACUCCAUUAUAUAUGUCUCCUGAAUUAGUGGAGGAGAAACCAUACGACCACACAUCUGAUUUAUGGUCUUUAGGUUGUAUAUUGUAUGAAUUGUUUGUUGGCAGUCCACCGUUUUAUACAAACAGUAUUUUUCAAUUGGUCAGCUUAAUACGCAAGGACCCAAUAAAAUGGCCUGAUGACAUUAAAUCAGACUUCAAGAGUUUCUUGCAAGGUUUGUUGACAAAAGAUCCUCGCCAAAGAUUGUCCUGGCCAAAGUUACUUUAUCAUCCAUUCAUUAAAGAUUUAAUUAACUUUGACUCCAUAGAUCAAGACAUGUCAAAGUCGAAAUUUUUUGAUGACAAGCAUGCAGUAAAUGCUGCACGAGAAAAAAAGCAACAGGAGAAAGGUAAAGGACCGAGCUGGAUCGACCGAUUGCACAAACAUCAGAAAUCAAAAAAUAAUGAAAAAACAAAUGAACAAAACAAAAACAUACCAACGAAAGAUUCAAGUAAAACACAAAUGUCAUCAAAAGAAAGGUUGAAAAAUCGAAUUGCUUCAAAAACUUCUGUGGAACAAACUGAAGUUCAGUUAAUGGAGGCUUCUCUAUCCUCUGAUGGUGGCAGUCAGAUUUCUGCAGAUUUCAACAGGGAAGCAGAACUGGACAGACGAAUAGCUGAAGGUAGUGACCGUAAGACUGAUGCUUCAAUAUCAAAGAAAGAGGAAGAUGAUGUUGACAGUGAUGACGAAUGGAAUACAUUGCUUGAUCAAACAGACGAAUUUAAAUCAUCCUCAAAUAAUUGUGACAUCGAAUCGAUAAUGCAAUCGCAUGAACUUCCCUUACAAUUUCAACAAGGCUUAGACACCUCGAUCAAAAAUGUACUCGGAGGAUUAAUGGAAGGGGGAUCAAGACUGCGUUUGUUGUUGAAAAUAUUAAGAAAUUGCUUAGAAGCAAGCGCUAGUAGUGACAUUAAGGUCAAGCUUCUUGACUCAAUUAAUUUUUUUGAUGAUAUACCAAACUAUACACAUCAACUCUUGAGCAAUCAGGACAACUCGGAAGCUUGGUUUACGUCGUGCGUAAUUGACGUUUUGAAUUUGCUACCCAUCGUAAUCAAUGUGAUAACAGGUCUGAACAAGAGAUUUUUCCCAAAGCUUGUUAAACUGUUUCAAUCUUGGAAGUCCUGCAUGGCGUAUCCAUAUGAUAAGCACCACAAAGUUAAAACGCCCUAUUUAAAAUGCAUGCUGGGUAUUCUCGUUGCUGCGGGCAAACAAAAAACGAACUUGACAACAAUAAUGGACUCUCUUCUUAUCGAGGAUAUAUUGUCAUCAGGAAAAAUACUACAAAAGAUACAACCGUUGCUACAAAUAUUUUACGAGAUAAUACACCAAUUAAUAGAGCUUCAUUUAAAUUUUAAAAGCAUACUUUUAGACCACAUUGACAAUGGUUCACAGCUAUGGAUUCUAAAUUUAAUAGUAAAAGAUCUAACUCGAAAAGUAAAUCUUCAGUCUGUUCUAAGAAUACUAGCACAACUUUGCGAAUCGGAGAAAGUCUUGGAACAAGUUGUUAAUCACUGUUCACACAUACAAUCAUUAUUAUUGACAGCUACUGACCCUUCUAUGAAAGCAUCCUUGUAUGACCUAUGUAUUUACUUGAUGAAUUCAUGUGAUGUGCAAUUUGACAGUUUCUCAUCCAACUCGUUAGAGUGCGAUUAUCUUCAAGCUGAUAAAAACACAAAGUUGUCAUUACUGCUUCUUAUCACCAUGCAUAACAUCAAAUUUCAAAAUGAUAACCAGUUUAAGCUGAGUCAGCAGUUUCUUGAUGAUGUAUCAUCCACAGUUAUCAACUCCGACAUUAUAAAGAAAACUCCAUUGAAUCAUGGGAAAUAUGAUAGCAUUGUUUUUCUAUAUUUUCGUGUUUGCAGGGAUGAGCCCAAACAUUUUUAUAUUGAGAAAUUAUGUUCAAUAUUAUUCUGUUGCUUCAAUAAUUCCGAGGGCAUGGCAGGUUAUAAUCCUGAUAUUUUGUCGUGCAAUGGAGUCUCAUGCUUAAUUCACGUGGUAAACGACAUGUUAACCCGCUCUUCAAAUAAUUUAGGUCAAAAUCUUUCCGAAGACGAUCUGCCAAAACUUUUUUCUAUUUUUGGUCUGCUCAUACAGAAAGAAACUCGCCAAUCUCUGUUUGUUAAAUAUAAAACUAACAACCAAGUCAUCAAUUACACUAAAAUGAUAAACUUGGAAGAUACUCUUGUUCGACUGCUGUGUUUGCCUUUGGCUGUAGAAAUGGACCAGUCGCUAUCGUAUGAAAUUCUUUGCUCGUUUUACCAAACAGAUGUUUCGCUAUCUCUGAUGUUAUUGACAAACUCACAAAAAAAUGAUAUUAAUACGGUUGUGGGUUUGAUUGCUCACUUGGUUCUAACUGAUGAUAUGUUUGUAUCUCAGUUCAAUACCAUGUUGGCCGAUCAAGACAAAAUGGAUUUAUUCAAGAAACUUAUGAUUGAUCAACAGAACACAGUGGUUUUAUGUGACUCGCUUGCACUGGUAAAUCACUUGGCAAGAUACUCACCAGAUUCUGCGUGUGCAGUUUUAAAGUUGUUUGCAGAAGAUCAGUCGGAUCUCUAUCAUAUUAUUGAAAGUUCAAAUCCUUGCGUUGCCACACGAGCUUGCAUGCUUCUUGGUAACAUAUCACGUCACACCAGUUCUCUUUAUGCAACCAUAGCCAGGCAUAAAAUCAUCCCGAUUUUAACUGACAAAGUUCAAAGUGAUGAUGUUGCAUUGCGCAAGGCAUGCAGCUUCUUGUUGGGUAAUCUGGCAUACCACAACGCCAAUUUAUAUCAGCCUCUGUCCAUUGCUAUACCUAUCCUGGUUCAUCUUCUUAACGAUAAUGUCAACAAAGUGAGAGCAAAUGUUGCCAGUGCUUUGGGUAACAUGGUUCGGCAUUCCCCUGUUUUGUUUCCAACAUUGAUCGAACAUAAAGUACCACUGCGUUUACUCGACGUGGCAUGUAAUGACAGCGAUGCAGGAGUUCAAGAUGUUGCAUUGUGGGCAUUAAGAUUGUAUUUCCGAAACUCUCUAUGUAACAAGAUGCUUGUAACAGCUGACAUUGAAGGUAAACUUGCUAGCUUGUUGUCGAGCAGUGUAAACUUGUCACGAAUGUCAUCAAUACACAGCACUAUAAGUGUGUCAGCUAGUCGUCAUUGUCAGAAAUUGUUGAGUAAAAUUCCUAAUCAAAAAUAAUGGUGAAUCGGAGUUUAUCUAUACGAAAAGAGGACUGCUUUCCGUUUAAUCAUCUAGUAUCGAGGAAGGCCCUAUAUAUUGGAUUAUGGAGUGUCAUCAGAAAAUGAAGCUGUAGUUUUUUUUAUUUUCACUUUGUUUUUGUUUUGAAGUAAAAAAAUUAAAGUUAUAAAGUUAAA